AUAAUAUGUGGAGCCAUACCUUCACUCACAUGUCUACGUGGCAUGGUGCUUUGUUUAAAACCAGGAACAACUGUACCUUUACAUGAUGGAGUAACAAACGAUUUCUGUAGAAGUCUUCGCUCCCAUAAAGUAUCAGGUAUUGGAAGUUCCUGCCCGUGGCUAUAAACGAAGUAAAUUAUGUAGAAAUUACAUGGAUGGAAUUAGCCUGAACGAUAAGUUAUUCUGUACUCCUGUGAUUAGUUAUUGUUCCACAUUGACGUAGCUCAUGAUUAAGAUGCAUUUAAUAAAAUUACGAAUUGCCUGAGUGGGCACUAAUUAUUAAAAUUAAAAACGUUAUACAAAACUAAGUCAGCGUUUAUUUGUGUGUAAAUAUGCGUAGGCUUUUUUGUGUUCGUAUUUUAUGAAUUGAUAUACGAAUAGUUUAAAAGAGCUCAUCUAUAACCACGGCCCGCAAAUGCAGAGAUAACAUACAUCAGAAUGAGACUUUUAUCCUAACCUAGUUAUGGAAAAAUGACGACUUUGCUGAAGAUGAUAGUCUGUGCCAUCAACAGGCUGCGAUCACUAGUCUUUGCUAUUAAUUCAAAAUCAUGGCUGCAGGAAAUUGUGCAAAUGUUCUAGAGUUUCUUCAUCUAGUUGGAAGAUUAAAGAACAUAAAACGAACUGGUUGGGUUCUGCAUCAAGUUGAAGGACCAGAAUGUAUUGCAGGCCAUAUGUACAGAAUGGGAAUUAUGACCUUCCUUCUAGAUGAUAAGGGCAGUGUGGACAAAACCAGGUGCUUGAAGCUUGCUGUGGUCCAUGACCUCGCAGAAUGCAUUGUGGGCGACAUCACUCCGCGCUGUGGAGUAGCUCCAGAGGAGAAGCAUCGGCGAGAAGAUGCAGCAAUGAAGGAUUUGGCACAGCUGGCGGGCCCUUGUGGCGCUGAACUCUAUGGUCUGUAUAAGGAGUAUGAAGAACAGAAGACUCCGGAAGCAAGAUUAGUCAAAGAGUUAGACAGGUUUGAUAUGAUUCUGCAGGCCUUCGAGUAUGAAAAAGCAGAAAAUAGACCACGCGGCUUACAGGAAUUUUUUGACUCGACCAGCGGCAAAUUUUCACACCCUUUAAUAACGUCCUUAGUGAAUGCGCUCGGUAAACAGAGAUUGGAGUUUGAAAAAGAAUAUUCUACUCUGGAGUAAAAGCAAGUUUAGUGAAUAGGAACAUUUAAGUUAUCCCGGUUGAAACGCGAUGUACCAUUAAAACUUCCCAACUAUGUGCUUGUCUAUACAUAAAGGGAAAUUUUUUAUGGAUCACCUUUACCAUGCAUACAUGAGCAUUUAUUUAUUACAGUUGUAGCAAAAUUGUUUGUAUUUGUUUAGAAUAUUAUCUGUAAUCUACUUGUGCUUUUCUUUUGUGAUUUACUCUUCCUUCAUUGUGGUUCACUAAUUUGUUUUUCAUCCAUUGGUACAGUAUAAAUUUUUAUGAAUGUGAAAGUAUUUAUUCUCGAAGAUUUCUGUCUUCUGGGUUGUUGCGCUGUAUAGUCUGGUCCAUGUUUACCAACGUUUCAGAGGUAAAUCAGUGUGAAUAAUUGAUAGCUUUUCUGAAUUUAUGUAAAUAUUAGGAAAUGUUAGGGUCAGUUUGGUACCCACUGCAUCCACAUUAAUUUACUUUUUUAGGUUAGGAUCACGUAUGCGCAGAGGAUAAUGGGUAAUAGCAUAAUCUGUUAACCGUAAAUUUAUUUCCAAUACCCAUCUUAGAAUGAAACCUGCGCAUUGAGGCACUAACCUUGUCAUGCUAAUUUAUCAUGCGGCAUGAAAAACAGUUUGUUCCAAAACAUAACCUCAAUUCGAUGUUUGUUUUGAUGCAGUUAAUCUAUAUGAGAAAUUGCUGGUGCAUUGUGGGCUUUAAUAUAAACAACUGUAGAGUUGGAAAUACGUAUUCAAGAAUAUUUCAUAACUGUAAAUCAGAAAUUCGUCAGAUGGUUAUUCGUGACCGACAUUACGAAAGAGAUUAGUUUAUGGCGACGUCGGCAGAGGGCAGUCAAGGCUGGUGGCCAACAUGUAGAUAAAAGUGUGUUCAAAUAUUUCAACUCAUGAAAUUCUUAUUUUAUUGUUUUCAUGACACGUAUUUUCUUAAAUAAUAAUUCGAUGCCCAUUACAGAAAUUACACAUAAUUUUAAAAAGUUGAGAAAAUGAUGGUGGGAAGCAAUGAAAAAUUGACAUUAUAGCUGGUAUUCUGCUUGAUAUUCGCCAUAACGGGGGAAAUAACAUGUAUUUCAAUCUCGACUACUAAAACAGAUUGCUGUAAAAAGGAAUUUAUUCGUCGAAAGGCAGUUUAUAACGAUAUUAUUUACAAGUAUUAUAAAGAUCUCGGGUAUAGUGAACGUUGGCAUGAAAUUGUUCAGCAUAGAAACACUGGUAACGCCAUACGAGAGAUCUCGUUGAACAUACAGGAAUUUUACUUCCAUAAUGUCUAUACAAAGUACGACGAAACUACUUUCGUCGAAUAGACGGAGCGUAAAUACAGAAUUUUUCUUGCGAAUUGCUUCGGCCCGUGGUCACUUCGAGAUAGCCCCAUUUGGUCCCCGAGGAAAACACCCUCCCUUGCUGUGUUGUGUAGUUCAUUCUUGUGUUGAAUCGUAGAACACAGAAAUUAAUGUUUCCGGUUAAACUUUAAGCGACAAUGAUUCAGAUAAGAUUUUUCUUGUUUCCUUUGCUUUGAAAUUAACGAAAUAUACAGACAUAUCUCAAUUGUGUCUAGCCGCUCGCCACGAACUGCUCGUGGGAAUAUGGGAAAUUGAUUACCUGUCUGUUUGAGAGCGGUAUUACCAAUACCACAACAUGUUCCUGUCUCGAGUAUUUGUAUGCCAUAAGUUUAUAACAAAAAACUAUCCCCCCACAUCGCCUUGUCAAAUUGAUAAAUCGCUACAGUUUGGAUAGAGAUGUUGAUGGAGGGAUCCAUCUUUUUGUGUCUGCACAGCCAUGAGCGGAUGGAUAGCAAUGUCUUCCCCUGCUCCUUUGUUAAUUCCCAGCGGUAUCACACCCAAUUUUAGUUGAAAGCAAUCACUUGGCUAAUGUUGAAUUUCUGAAUAAGUUUUAACAUUUUCCGUCUUACUAAUUAGAUAUCCCGUUGAAAAUGUCGUUCAUUUUUGCACUGGUAUAGGGUCCUUAAGAAGCUAAAUAUGUAUUUACACUCGGCUGAUCAGUGAUUCCUCCGCCGUGCAUUGUUUUGGUCGCAGUAGCUGCUACUGGAUCCUACCCUGUGCCAGAUUAAUCCAGUCUACACCUCAAAUCCUGUUUUUGACAUCGGUUUUAAUAUUAACCACAUUUCUUUGCCAAGUGGUAUCUUUCAUCUAGGUCUGGACUAAAAUAUGUUCUUUGGUGGAUCUUGAACACAGCAGAAUUGAAAUUGCCCCCAUAGGAAAGAGAAAUAUAGUUGUGUGAAUCAAAUUGCCUCGGCGGCCAUUCUAGAGGACUUCGGUCAUUCCGUAUUGUUUUCAAAAUUCUGUUUAGAAACAAAGAAAUCAAAUGAAAUUAUACAAUUAUAAUGGCGUGCUACUUAUGGUCCGCUUUGUGUAAUAUAAUCACAAAAGAAGCAUUUUGAAACUCUGUUCCGCUCUUAUCACAUUUUGGAAGGAUCCUUGGUUGAACAGAAUGCUCAUAACAAAGUCCUUCCUCUUGAAAGCACACAGUUACGUCUGAUGCAGGCAGGAGUUGUGUAGGGCGAACGCCAUCACGUCAUUUUGAGCGCCGUGACGGAUCGGCAGAAUGUCGCGCGACUCACUUGUCUCUGUUUGUACGAUUCAUCAUUCGACAUUUCAAACUUUUAAAUGAGACUUUUUAAUACUAGCUUCGAGGGGGAAGUCCUGCACUUUUAAAACAUUAUGUUACUUCACAAACACGCUUCUAAUGAGGUCUGCAGGGUCUGGGGUUUUCACACGCGCAUGCGCGGCCUUAUUUUUUAUUCUUUAUUCGAAUGCUAUUAUGCUGUUAUCAGGAAAAAAUCUUAUAGAACAGUCAGAUAAAUGUAUGAACUGUAUUAGCGUGUGUGUGUUUCUAUUAAGCUGCUGACCAAUCCUAAUUCGUUCUGUGUAGAGAUGUGGUAUAUAAAGCAUGGUCCGCGGCUACGAAACUGCACGUAAAAGAAAUUAAUCUCGUCCGCAGCGAUAUCUAGAUAUUAAUGAUACCAACUUUAACAAAUUGUGAUUUUUUGUACGUGACAUAAAGUAAGGCUACCUUAGUCAUAAAAUAAUAAAUAAAUAAACGGGGAUUUUAAUGGUGA